CUUGAUCUUGCUGAUGACAAUGGUAUGCGUGUUAUCAAUUACAUUGGAACAGUUUUUUUUGUUAAUAUAUUUAAAAUUAGGAGCAACGCCUCUUCAUUAUGCUUGCAUUACUGGUAAAACACGAAUUUUGACAUUAUUUAUUCGAGAUUAUCAAUGUCAACCCGAUUCAAAAGAUAAUAAAGGUGAAACUCCACUUCAUUAUGCUGUACGUAAUCGAAAAUUGAAGGUUGUGAUCAAGCUUGUCGGUGAAUUAGGUGUAUAUCCGAAUCCCUAUGUUCCAAAACAGGUUCCUACCCCUUUAGAUCUCGCUAAAUCUGGGGGGCUCAAGACAAUUAUGGAAUAUCUUAAAAGUGCAGGUGCUAAGACUACAAAGGAAAUGGAAAAAUCAAAUCGAAUGGGAAGUACAAACAGUAAUUAUAGUCAGAGAGUUUAUAGCAGUAACAGCAGUGUAUUUAGUGGUGAAAGUAGUCUAAGUGGUGAUAGCACAAAUCAUGGUCCAACAUCAAAUAUGGGUAGUAGUGUAAGACAAUUUUUACAUUCAAAAACCACACAAAUUUUAAAGGGCACUUUUGAUUUAUAAUAUGUAUUUCUAUGCUUUUAUAUUUAUUUAUUUAUUUAUAUAUAUCUUAUCUUUCUCAACAUGUAUGAAAUACAUACAUUCCUAUAUAUUAUCAGUCUUUUAUAAGUUGUAUUUCUUUCCUUUAUAUAUUUCAUUCUCUCCGUGUUUUAUCUUAUUUAAU